GCAAUAUGCAGCCGUAAAAAUAACGUCCCGCCAAUUAAGCGGCAUGUACACAAAACAUGCAAAUGCACACGAAUAUCCAUGAUAUAGUUUGACAACUUAAAACAAUGUUUGUCGCAAAAAGCAUUGCCGCACAACAUAAGGACCUCAUUCAUGAUGUAGCUUAUGACUUCUAUGGCCGCCGAAUAGCCACAUGUUCAACGGAUCAAAGUGUACAGGUAUGGGAUCUCGGGGAAGAUGGCGAAUGGCACUGCACGUCAGCGUGGAAGCAUCACAGCGGUUCAGUGUGGAGGGUAACCUGGGCCCAUCCAGAGUUUGGUCAGGUGCUAGCGUCCUGCUCCUUUGACCGCACAGCUGUUAUCUGGGAGGAGAUUGUUGGUGAGUCCAAUCCAAAUGAGAAAGGCCAGAGCCACUGGAUUAAACGAGGAGCUUUGGUCGACAGCAGAACUUCCGUUACAGACGUAAAAUUCUCACCAAGACACUUGGGCCUUCAGCUGGCGACGUGUUCAGCUGAUGGUGUGGUGCGUUUCUAUGAGGCUAGUGAUGUGACCAACCUAGCAACGUGGAGCUCACAGGAAGAGAUUCAGACCAAACUGAACUGUAGCUGUCUGUCAUGGAAUCCCUCAAGGGUGCAUCCCCCGAUGAUUGCCGUAGGAAGUGACGAUUCCAGUCCCUCAAGCGGCGGCAAGGUCCAGAUAUAUGAAUACAAGGAGAACGAGAGAAAAAAGAAAUGGCACAAAACAGAGACACUGAUGAGCAUCACGGAGGCUGUCCACGACCUUGCCUUUGCCCCCAACCUCGGUCGCUCCUACCAUGUCAUCGCCGUAGCAACCAAAGAUGUCCGCAUCUUGACCCUAAAACCUCUUAGGCGAGAUGCUACAACAAUGGGAUCCAUAGGGUUAGACAUCAAACAGCCAGCGCAACUAGAUCACAACAACCAACAGGUGUGGCGAGUGAGUUGGAACGUAACCGGCACCAUCCUAGCAUCUUCCAGUGAUGAUGGACAUGUAAGGCUUUGGAAAGCGAACUAUUUGGACAACUGGAAGUGUUUCCAGGAGUUGAAGGGCGACGGUACGGCCAUUCCGAUGUCGAUGCCCAACUUCAAUCGCGAACAGCAGCAGCAGCAACAGCAGGCGGCAGGCAACGCACGGCUGAACCCUGCCAUCCAGGAUUCCAUGUUUGAUGGUCGCAGUGGAAGGUACCAUGCCUGGAAUUUGUAGAUCAGAGAAGAAAAAAAAGGCCACUUUUUACAAAAAUAAAAUGGCUCCAAAUCAGUUGAAACACAUCUGCACACUGCGCCGUUCAUUGCUGUCAUCAUCCUCACGGCUUCAGACAACCAUCGCCAGUUGUCACCAUCUGUUGCUUUGGUAACUCGUGAAAGCAUCAGCUGUUGCUAUGGUAACGAGUGAAAAUCUAAACCUCAGAAGAUGCGGAAAAAAGUGAUCAAGGUGGUUUUUUUGUGUCUCCCGGAAAGCACUGGAGAAGAACACUUCUGUUUUGCAACUGACAACAUUUGUGAGACCCUUUCAGAAGUUUUUUUCAACGUUUUGCUUAGAGCCAUGGCCAAACAUUGACGGUGUUGUUUACUUCUGUUUGCCUCUCUUGGCACCGAUUCGUGGGCUCCACACAAGAACUGUAGAGGGCGGUUCAUGUGUGGCAUGCACAGGACCAUAAUAUUUUCAAUUGUAGGCCAAAAAAAACUAGCAUCAUCCCAUUUAAAACCAGUGACUAAAAAGGCAGUAAAAAUGUUUGCCUUGUUGAGCAAUCGACCUUAUGCGUUGAGGUGGAGCCAGAGAGCUGUGGUUUUGUAUUGCUUGGGUAGGCAUGAGGAAACCUUUGGAACAUUCAUUGUUACUAAAUUAAAGUAACCAAAAACACCCCUGAGGUACCCAUGGGCGUGGCAGGAUUGUUUUUAGAGGGGGGGGGGGCAAAGCACUCAUCAGAAGUGAAGGGAAAAAUCACCGGCCCUGGAAAAAUCGAGAGGGGUGCUGGACAUCACUCAACGUUUUGUUGAAAACCGUCCACGUUGUUGAAUAUACAUUACAUUUACAGUAAUAUGAUUUGCACCUGGUCUUCCUUUUUUUUUUUUUUUUUUCUUUUUUCUUUUUUUCCUUUCUUGUCUAUUCAAGGGCGGGGGCAAGUGCACCCCCUUGCUGCCCCCUUGCAACCCCCAUGGCGGUACAGUGGAAUGCCGCUAUAACGAACACCGCGGUAUCCACAACAAAUGUUCGUAAUGGCGAUCGUUCGGUAUAGCGAUUUUAAGCUUCCUGUACUCAAUUUUCAAUAAUUAGCGCUUUUCAGAACUUCACCCUGCACACCCUGGUAGUUACUGAAAGACGAAUUUGAACACGUGCCGACUAUUGAAUCAUGUAACUACACGGUUUUUGAGCUUAAUACCUUCAGCAAUGGGUGGCUGUCCCCUUCUAUUCGUUGGGGAAAUAAUAGCCACUUGUCGCUCUUCUGUUGACAUUUUUCAACAACAAUGUUGGGUACGUUUUGUACACACACAAAAUUGGGAGCCAGGGACAAUGUUCGGUAUAGCCGAAUAUUUGGUAUAGCGGUGUUCGGUAUUGUGACGUUCCACUGUACCUGCAACGCAUAAGGUUUGUUAUGUUCUGUAUCUUCGCAGCUGACAGCAAAUUUGAUCAUUUGUUCUCAUGACGCUAGCAUCAUGCUUUGCUGUCCUCCCCUGCCUCAUCUUUAUAACUCAUCGAGAAUCCAGUAAGACAAUUUAUUUUGGUCUUAGAUCGAUUCGUCCAAAUUCUUUUGCCUAAUGAGCAAGAUUUUUUUUAUGUAAAGAUCAGGGUGCUCACAGUCAUCGGAAACACCUGGAAUUUAAGGCUGUCAUGGAAAGUCAUGGAAAAGAGUCAUGGAAUUUUGUUAUUUUACAAGGAAUCGUUGAAAGUUGAAAGAAAAAAGGUCACGGCAUCCUGCACGACCCAUGUGUGAUGUUGCGUAAUAUCGUUCAGUGCAGUUGCUAUAGUUGAAGUGGCAUUCAGAACUUUUAAUAUACAACAUUUGCUUUUGUUGUAAUUUUCAGAAACGGAUAGAUUUGGGGGUUAGUAUUUUAUAGCAAAUAUAGUGAAACACUGAGCUAUUUAAAGUCUUGUGUUUAUAGAUGUUGGAAAAACCAAGAAAACAAAUGCUGUUCUUGUAGUCUGGUUCCCUGAUCUCAGACGAAACGGAGCAAUUUAUAGACGUCGGGGAACCAGACUAGCUGGCUUGGAACGGAUGUGUAACCAUUUGCAAACAAAAUGUGGACUAACUAACUUUGGUAAAUUGGGGCAGUAUUUGAAAAAAGUCGGGUUUUUUCCGACGAUGAUCGGUAGACCAUCGUUGGAAAUCGAUACAAAAAAAAUCCACUUUUCUUGAAAAAGACAGCACACCAGGUGCCACGAUUUCACAGGACGUUUGAGACUAUUAUUCCCUCACAGUCCAGUGAGGUAUUUCAUAAUAAUUUGGUAGUUUUGUUUUGUUGAUGUUCGCAAAUGUUGUAUAUUACCUUUCACGCUUAUUUUCAGUGUGAUGACUGACCAGUGUAUUGUGAAUAGGUAGGGAUUGGCCAUGGAAAGCCCUCAUUUUGUCCUGGAAAAGAAAUGAAAUUGUCAAGGAAUUUUGUUUAAAAAUUUCUGUGAGAACCCUGAAUCAUCUUUAACUACCUAAAUGUGUCAAGCGUAAGGGUCAGGGGUCAAGUCCACAGAGCUAUUAAGCAGAAAAGAAAUUGCUUAGUAAACUCAUGUGUUUAGCAAAAAUCGGCAGGGAACCAGUCACACACAAUGUACAAUGCAUGAAGUAUUGGCUGGUAACCUGUUUCUUCUAAGCAAAUAGUUUCUACGAAACUUGGUACGGAAAGUGCCACAUUUGGAGCUUGCUUUCCCUGUGCUCUUUAACAAACUUAACUCUUUUUUUUUUCUUCUCUUUAUGAGUUUUCAACUUGCACUUUCGUUUCCAACGGGAAAAAAAAGGGGUUGUUGUUUUUGUUUUUUUCAUCGGCAACAUUCUGGAAAAAAAACUUUCUAUUUUUGGGCAUGAACAGAUCUGCCUUGCGAGCAUUUGAUUUAUUUUAGCUUAAAGGGAUCUGUACCAUCACUUUACAGUAUCAUUCAAAUAUUGUCUGAGCCCUACAACAGUUUUUAACCCCAACAUCACAGUGAAUUAUGCAAGUAGUAUCAGGUGUAAUUAAAAGGAGCCUGCCAUGAAAGUAAAAAUCUAUUAAAAUUGACCUCAAAAUGCCUUUAUUUAUACUUACCUUUUUAGCAUUUCGACAAAUGUGAUUAUUGUGGAAAUUUGGACCCCUACAUUGACACUUUUUUAUAAUUAUAUGCAAAAAAGCACACAUUUGAUUAGUGAGUAUUCCUAUAGUGAUGUUAUGAAACAUGUUUUUUUGGAUUGGUGAAAUAAAGAUACAAAAAAAAAAUAUUCAUAGAAA